GUUUUCGAAGCCAUUUCCCGUGAAUGUUUUACCUCCUUUAAUGAGCAACAAAAUUCUCUUCUUUCUCAUUUAAAGGACAGAAAAAAGUAACAGACACCUUUAAAUUGUAUGAUGUGAUUGUGCAAGGUUAACACGUGUUGCCACAUCAUACAGUUUAAGUACAGGAAAUAAUCUUAUCCUUGUACUUUACAUUCUACAAAACGUCUAGACAAACAAGGUCUGUUUGUACUUUGCUCUGAGAUAUGGUAUUCUGCGCGUGACAAAGAAAAUUAUUGUAAGCCUGUUUGCCAAAGUUCAACCCGCCCAAAACUUCCGGGAUCCGGGAUGAGAUCAAUAACAGCUUCUACGGGGGACUGAAUCUACUUAAAAUCAUCGCGCAUGUGUAGACUUUAAAGUUGCAAGAAACACAGUAAGUAUAGCGUCACUUAUUUAACUUCAGGUCACCCCGAGACCUCUGAAAUCAAGUGGGCUGUUUCCAAACUCAAAGCGAUGGAUUCAACAGAUUCUGCUAAAGGCGGUCAGAAAAGAUCUCCUCUGGAUCUGAUUAUGAACCAGCUCAGAAGAAAAACUUCAUUCACGGAAAGAAAGAAACCAUCCGUUGGCCGCCUCUUCCGCCCAUCCGAGAGCAGCGACAAGAGAGAGGUAGGGAUACCUGAAUUAAAAGAAUCAGAGGCCAGUGAAGGAAAAGACAACACUGAACCUAAGAAAGACAUCAACAAUGUGGAUGACGAGACCGGCUCUGUUGUUGGAUGGGGUCGGGUGAAGCAGUUUGUUCAGAAGUUGGGGAAAACCCCACACAGUCAAAAUCUUAACCUGAGCCACUGUGAUCUGACAGCCACAGAUAUGGUGGAACUGGCUACCUUACUGCCAUUCCUGCCUCAUCUGGAGGUGAUUGAACUCUCAUGGAAUGAUUUGGUAGGAGGCUCCUUGAAGGCACUUACGGCUCAUCUGCAGCAUGUGGAGAAGCUGGAGGUACUAAAGUUGUGUAGCUGCAGGUUGACAGCACAAGAUCUCACAGCUCUUGGUGAGUCUUUUGAGUGCAUUCCUCUGGUGGAGGUGCUCGAUUUGUCCUGGAAUGUUGGCGUAGGCGCAGGAAAUUUCAGGGACUUCACAGUGCACCUCCGGUCUGACAACAGGCUGAAAGAACUCCGGCUGGUGGACUGUCAACUCACAGAGUCAGAUAUUACAGCACUGAGUACGGCUCUUCCCAUGUUGUCUAGUUUGAAGGACUUAGAUCUAUCCAAUAAUAAGCUCUUGGUCAAGGGUAUGGAGAACUUUACCUCUUCUCUGAGCUCUGUUCCACGGCUGAAGACCCUGAAACUGAGCAUGUGUGGACUAAAUAAAGACAGCUUUAUUAUUCUGGGUCAAGCUCUCAGAUUUAUCAGUGACCUGGAGCACUUAGACCUGUCCUGCAACAAGGAAGCGAGUGAAGGUCUCACCUCACUGGCCACUAAUCUUACACUUCUCAAGAACCUGAGAAGUCUGGACUUGCAUUUGUGCUGCUUAACAAAGGAAGAUCUGUUGGCUUUAGUCCAGGUAGCUCCAUCUCUUAAAGAGCUCAGAGAGCUGGAUGUCUCCUCCAAUAAAAGUGUUGGAAGCACUCUCCAAGAUCUCCUGCAUGCCCUCCCUCUCCAUCAAAUAUUCAAACUGCCGCUGAAUAACUGUGCUUUGAGCACAUCAGCGUGCCACGUUCUCGCUGCUGCAAUGGUGACGCUGAAACAGCUUGAAAGUCUGGAUUUAUCUUGGAACAAGUGUGUGGGGGAAAACCUGGGGGAAUUUCUGGAGCCCUUGCAGGAGUCUGAGUGCAAACUACAAGAACUCAGACUGUGUAGUUGUAAUUUAACCACCGAGGAUGUGUUACACCUAGAAUCUGCCUGCCAACGUGGUGUUCUGUCCCGGCUGAAGCUCUUGGAUCUAUCUUAUAAUGGCAGCGUUGGAGAUGGAGGUUGGACAUCCUUGUUUGGAAAGGCAAGCGGUCUGAAAGGUCUUGAGGAACUGGAUGUCAGUCUUCAUCCCGCCGCUUCUCUUUCUGCGUCCCCUUGGCUAAACUCAAUGCUGGAGGCCCUUUCGCAACUGCCCAGCUUCACCCGUCUGUCUCUGCAGCACUGGGCUUUAAGUUCAGCUGAAAAAGAAAAGCUGGAAAAAUAUCUUAAAAAGAAGAACGUCAUUCUGGAAUGUGACAGUCCGGCCACGCCCACACCGAAGGCAGAAGGUUAAAAAGAGGCAUUGAGGCCUCUUUGAAGUUCAUGUCUUAAUUGUUAGUGAAUUAGGCGUUGAUUGACAGGUGACAGUCAGAACCAGAUUUGGUUUUACAUUUUGUAUGUUAACCGUUUUUUAAGUGUUAGAUUUUCAUUAAUGUGAUUAUCUUAAAUUAUGAUGUGUUUGUAAAAAAAUGAGUGUACAAAUCAGUAAUAUAUAAAAUAGUUUUUUCGUU